AUGCCGCAUUUCCCCGUUUCGCUCGUGGAGGCCAGCUCAGCCGGUCUGAUCGCUCUUGUGUUUGACAAGGACUUCCAUAUCGUCAACAGCUCUGGGAAGAUCGUCGCGUCGACAGUUGAGGGCCUCGGAGACGAUGUCAAGCUGGCGGCUGGAUCGAAGAAGGGUUCUGUGAAGUCCGUCGCCUUCAGCCCUGCUGGUGAUCUGUUUGCUGUUUGCACCAUGGACAAGGGCCUGUACAUCUACAGCACUGCCAGCUGGUCCAUUGUCCGCGAAGCCGAGACGCCCAAGCGCGCCAACGCAGUAGUAUUCGAUCCUUCAGGAGCCUACGUCCUUGCUGCAGAUAAAUUUGGCGACGUCGUGCGGCUCACAGCCGCGCCAGCUACCGACGGCGAUUCUGAGAAACCAGUGGUUCUGCUCGGCCACGUAUCGAUUCUGUGCGACAUCGAGUUCACACAUGGCGACCGGCCGUAUGUCCUGACGUGCGACCGCGAUGAAAAGCUGCGCGUAAGCAAAUAUCCGAACUCAUACAACAUUCAGUCGUUCUGUCUCGGACACACGGCAUUUGUGACGUCAGUGGCUACGGCCAAAUUCGCCGUGAAUAACGCGGUUACCGGCUCCGGUGACGGUACCGUAAGGCUGUGGGAUGUCGAGAGCGGCGAACUGCUGCAGACAGUCGUGCUGGGCGACAUUUUGGCGCAGUACCGCGAGUCUGAGCAAGAUCAGGAGAAGGCGGAUCGGUUCGGCGUUCUGCGUGUUCGCAGUAUUGAGGAAACGAACGAGUUUGCUGUCCUUGUCGAAGAUAUCCCGGCAGUCAUUGUCUUCCCGUUUGCCAACGGCGCUCUCGGAACUCCGCAGGUCAUCGACAUUGCUCGCGCGCCCACUGAUAUGACCAUUACCAGCGACCGACUCGUUGUGUCUUAUGUGCCUGCGGCUGAGGGAGUCCAGGAUGCCGCUCUGGUUAGCGUGCUCAAGAAUGCCGACGGACAGUAUGUCGCUGACGACGAGCUCAAUGGCGCUCUGAGCAAUGUUCAUACCCUGGAGACCAAUAAGGUCCCUGCGAUUCAAUCGAUCUUUGUGUGGGGCAGCAAAAACUUCAUUGAGCGGACUAACAAGGGCGACCAGGACGAUGACGAAUGA